UAUUAUUGUUUAUUCGUCAACAUAAACAGGCGAAAAUUACUGAAAAUGCAGCUUUUGGAGUAUUGGUCAAAUACAAUAGUGUCAAGUUUUUUAAGUAAUUAAACUUUUGACUAAAACAAUAAAUCCCUGUUACGAAAUAAGAGAUCAUACGAAUGUGAGUGCACGCAACAAAAAAAAACGUAGUUAACCUAAAAAUGUCAAAUUUGACAGUUGAAUUGUUCCACUGUGAAAAAUCAUCAAUAUAAACAAAAUAAUAACAAUUUUAACAUGCGGUCGAACAUGACCAAGUUGGUUUUAAAUAAAGAAAAGCGAGAUCACAGAAUCUUGACCAAUCGAUAUAUGAACAAAGGUGCGGACUGUUAACGCCCUCGAAACAUCGAUUUUUUAUAUUUGUGAUAAAAUUAUUUAUUUCUGACGUGAUAGUUGGCGAAAAAUAUUUUAAAAAAUGGUUCGCGUUAUUCCCGUUCAUAAUUUUUCGGGUCAAAAUGUCACGGCGAUCGAGGAGCCCACAGCUUCUUGCACUGCUAAAAAUUUCAACCAGGAGAUGUUGCUCCUUGCCCUUUCUAGUCACUGUGUAGAGGUACAUGAACUAACUCCGCAGCCAAGGGUAGCAGCAGUUUUUCCUACCGUUGAUUUGGUUAAUCAAAUGUUACACUGCAACAAGGAAAAUUAUAUUGCUACUGUAGAAUCAAAAUAUUCACGCGAUGGUACAAGCGUCAAUAAUUUUGUUAGAAUUUAUGUCAAUUGGGCUAUUGGCGGCAAUCAAAAUCAAGCAAUGAGAGCAAGAAUUGCAGGAAGAGUAACACCGAGUUCCAAUAGACUUUCCAAUAGUUUAGAAAUGAUAGAAUUGCCAUUGAGCGGUCAACCAACGAUCAUAGCAUGUUGCCAAGUUACUGGGAAUUUAUUAGUGGCGACUGGUGAUACAGCAAUCCUUCAUGAGCUGAAAGUUGAAAGGCAAGCGCUGUCAAAGCGUAAAUUCAUUGAUUUUGAAGCACGACCCUGGUCUCUCGGCUUUAAUUUUUCUCCAACAAACAUGGAAAUAGCAGAAGAUUUUUUUUUGAUAAUGGACGAGCAACGCUUCAUGAUAUUCAGACUAAUGAAUCAAUUGUACGAAGAUAUUGACUUAUUGAGCUCGUCGAAUUCUGCUGCGUCAUCAGUGAUUAAUAAAUCUUCAGGGUCUACUUGUUUGUCACUGCGUAGCGGAACUCAGGGAAAACGACCAAACGAGAGUCCUGCUGGAGGAGAAAACUUCAAAGAGAAUAGAAACCUUGAGUUGGAUUCAAUUAAUUCUGUCGACAACGAAAUGCAACGAAAUGCUCCAUCUAAUGUUUCCAGCGGCACAUGGAAUUCCUCAGUUUCUGUGUACAAUAUGACAAAUCCAUCGAGCUGUAUAGACUGGGAUCAAUUCGUUUUGGAGACUGAUGAAGAUCAAUGGCUCAAAUCUCAUGAGACAACGAACGAAAAAAAUGUUUCCUGCGUAGAAUUACCAGCGCUUAAAUCAGAAACCAACAAACCUGGACCAAUCAGUAAUCCUUUUAUUUCAAGUGCACCUGAUUUGGAGGUUGUUAUCAAAACGAGCUCUCCUACUGAUGGAUGGUCAGAGAACUACGUUGUUCACAGGCUGUUGCAACUGAAAAUACGUGAAGAGAACACUUCGUACCAAAAAAUCGAAGCACCAGAAUAUUUUACAUGCUCGCUUCUCAAGCCCGUUUAUCUAAGAUCCGAGAGUGCUUCUUCAGUUGGAAAGAAAUGUACUUUGAGAUCGGAGAAAUACAAAAAUUUUAAUGGUAUCACUUGUGUCGUUUGCACCGCUCAAGAAGGAUAUUUGUUCUAUUUUCCUGCAGCAAACUGCAAAAAUUUUCAUCCCACAUGCACACCUUAUCCGUUUACUGCGCCAGUCACUCACGUUGUACUGGAAGACACUGUUCUCCAUGCCCUAACCGAAGCAGGAUUAGAAUCUUACACUCUGAGACUCGCCUACAACGCCUCAAGCUCCAGCAACCUUUUACAAAUCCACAAUGCCGACGCAGAGCCUGUUUCUUUGAUUGGAUUGCGUCCUUUCAUGGAAGUGCAAAAACUUCUGCACGUCAACCGAUACAUUCUUCUUUUAACUCAAGCAGACAGUCAUUGGACUCUUUAUACUUUGUCCUUGCCCGGUCCUGAAGAUCUUUACCAAGAUAUACUCAAUGCAGCGAUGAACCAUAAAGCAUCAAGCCCCAGCACGUACAGACAUUUGUUGAGCGAAGGAUACACUGUUACCAGUCUCUCCAAAGACAUUGACCAUUCUAUACUUGGUGAGCAAAAUUCUAAGCGCUUGGAGACUGAAAAACCUGAUCAGCAGCUAGAACUCUUGUACAGAAAAUCUUGUGUACUGUUGGCCGAGUAUUACAUCAAUUCGGAAUCGCCCAGUGAGUGGCAACUCUGCAUCCCUUACUUGAAAAUGUCACAAACCAAGAUUACAGACAUUUUAGCACAAAAAUCGAUCAGCGGAGCCCCAGGCAUCGCUACCUAUCUAACGGAUGCUUUAUUGAAUUUGAAAAGCGGACCAGAAGCAGAUGCAUUAUUCCAAGUUUACAACAUCGUGGAGAUGAUCAGUACGAGCAAUAAAAAAAAUUUAAUACGACUUAUCUUCGGAAGCUCCGUUCUUCGAGAGUACGCGACCGAGAAACUCAUCAGUAUUUUUCUCUAUUUGGAACAAGACGAUUUUACGAAAUUCGCACUUGUUUUGCUGUACGUUCAAGCAGACCGACAGGACCAAGCUGAAAAAAUAAUAAAGCCGAUCGCUGACAGCUGCAUCUCAACAAUGUCGCUCAAACAUUGGCAAUGUCUCUUUGACGUUACACACGAGAGACAAAAUGGUCAUGUAAUUGCAACAUUUUCAGAUUUGUCAGUUGUUCUUAUGCGGCAAAAGAGCACAAUUUUUGCUGACGUCUUGGUCAAAAUAAUCGACGCACACGCGGUGUCUUUGCACCAAAUUUUACAAAUUUUCCUCGCACAUUUGCCCUCCCGGGUUGGCAGAGACGGCCACGUUGCUGCCUCGGUUCUUCAGUUAUUCGUUGAAACUUAUCUUCGCAAUUACUUCGAAUUUUCACGCAACAAGACGUCCAAUUCUUCGAGAGUAGAAUUGAAUUACGAUUAUUCGAUAAUUGAAGCUUUCAAGAUUUUGGUACGUUCGUAUUUGGGAAAAUUGACGCAAACGAACGUUUAUAAUAUUGAAGAAAACAGGAACGAGCUCGAUCUCAACAACGACGAAGAAUAUCUCUUCAAAAAUCUUAGACCUCCUUUUCUUGAUAAAAUAAGUACGGUUGCGUGCGAUGACAAAAAUCCUUCAAACGGUAAAUCUAAGGGCCGAGAAAAGUGCGUCCGCAAUGAAAUUUUGAGGUUACAAGCUCUUUUAGCCAGCGGAUAUCUUCCCGACGAAUGCUUACAGGAAGUUGAAGAUUUUCUCAAAGCCCAUAAGAUCGAUGGGGACUUGUCUUUUAGACUAUUAUGUGCUGACAAUACAGAAGGCACAAUAAUGUUAAUGGAAAAGUGUCCUCAAGCUCUUCUUCAGUUUGCAAAGGAGAGAUACCGUGACGAGUCAGAAUGGAAAUAUCUCGUUCAAUUACUGGAUGAGAAGAUAUCUACAGAAGAAAACAAUUCGGAGGCUCGUUCGGUGCUGGAACAAGUUUUAGAAGAUACUUUAAUUCACAUAGCAAGGACAAUGACCCUCAAAGGACUUGAACGACUCUUAUCGAAUGAAAGUGCAACAAUUUUACAACGCUACAGUGACAUUUGCAGUCAAAUAAUGCACGCGGAUCACGUGAAUUCGAUGAUAAUCGGAACGGGUCAACAUCUUUUAUUCAAUAUUAACGUUUGAAUCACCAAAAUCUUGAUAGAAUUUUAUUAUAUACUUGUUUGAGAUAUCGAAAAAUACAUGUUCUCCUAUUUGAUCGUUAAAAAAGGAAAAUUCUUUAUUUGCUUUCUCACAGAGGAAGCUAAAUAUAUACAUACAUAUAUAUACACACAUAUAUGUAUUUCGUCCGAAAAAUGACGUUUCACGUUCCUGGCGUUGAUAAUAAAUUUCGUGAUAGCAAAUCA